AUGGUCAAGAUCAGUGAAUUUGCUGUGGAGGGGUGGAUGGACCGCUACGAGAACGACGCAAAAUACAACCUGGCAGAGACGUGCUGUGCCUCCAUCUCCUUCAACGACCUGCUCUCCUUCUCCGACAACCCCAAUCCCUCCAUUUUCGAUUUUUCCCAGAAACAAACCUACGGCGCUAUUCGCGGAACCUCCGGCUUGCGAUCCAAGAUCGCCAAGCGAUAUGCUUCGGAAACAUUCCAGCCGAUCUCGGAAGAUCAGGUCCUCGUAACGAACGGGGCGAUCCAGGCGAACUUCCUGGCUCUGUAUACGAACGUCGGGCCGGGCGACCAUGUGAUCUGCCAUUACCCGACGUAUCAGCAGCUGUAUUCCGUGCCCGAGUCCUUCGGAGCGGAGGUGAGUCUGUGGAAGGCGCGUGAGGAUCAAGGGUGGGACGUAGAUCUGAACGAGCUGAGGGGGUUGAUCAAGGAGAACACAAAGGUCAUCAUUAUCAACAAUCCACAAAACCCAACCGGAGCAGUCAUGAAGCGCGAGAAGUUGCAGGAGAUUGUCAACAUCGCUGGAGAGCAUGAUAUAAUCAUUCACAGCGAUGAGGUCUACCGGCCUCUCUUCCACGGAAUUCAUCCGGACAGCCCGGAGUAUCCUCCUUCAAUCUUGUCCUUCGGUUAUGAGAAGACCAUUUCCACCGGGUCGAUGUCUAAGGCGUAUAGCUUGGCAGGGAUCCGACUAGGGUGGAUUGCGUCCUGCAGCCGGGACAUCGUUGAAGCGUGCGCAUCGAACCGCCACUACACCACGAUCUCGGUCAGCCAAGUGGACGACGCCGUGGCAUCCUAUGCCCUGUCAACCCCGGUUGUGGAUAGGCUGCUUCAGCGGAACCUCUCCAUGGCUCGGGCGAAUGUGGAUACCCUCGAGGCCUUUGUGAAGGAAUUCGAAGGUGUGGUCGAGUGGGUGCGACCCCAGGCUGGAACCACUGCAUUUCUGAAAUUCGUUGACAAGCAAGGCCGACCUGUUGACGAUACGGCGUUCUGUCAACAGCUCCUUGACAAAACCGGAGCUAUGCUUGUUCCGGGAAGUGAGUGUUUUGGAGAAGGAUCCGCCUUCAAAGGAUACGUUCGGUUGGGCUAUGUUCAAGAAACUCAGGUUUUGGCGGAUGGCCUCCAAGCACUCAGGAAGUUUAUGCGAGAUGGAUAUGAAAGGGUUCCUGUUGCCAGUCAGUGACUUGAUGUUGGGGAGAGUGAAAGAUUUGCAUACGACUGAUGUAC